AACAAUCGUUGAAGGUAAAAAAGGACGGCAAUAUGUUACAAAAAUACAAACUCUGUUAAUGAUUAACAAAUCAGUUGACUGACCGCGGGUUGAAACCCCGCCUCUGCUUUUAGUGUCAUAUAAUGUGAUGGUAAAAAAAAGAGUUGUUAAUUUUUAUCUGGAUUCAGCUCGCCACUUCCUUUGUUGUCCCUCCUAACUUGGCGUUUAAAGAUCAGACUAAUGAUGGUUACUUUCAUCAUUGUGAGUGCUCUGCUGGCACUGGCUGCUGGAAAACCUUGUGCAUCGGAUCAUGAGAAUCUCCUCCUGUCCCUCAAUAAGCAGCUGCUGCGCUCUGUGUAUCAAACCACAGAUAACCAAGAUAACCUCCCCAAUCCCAGUGUGCACAUUGCCCUGCGUCUCUCAAAACACCAUAACCUAGCUAAAGAGAGUGAACAUCUCAAACGCCUCAAGGCAGAGUUUCAUGAUGAUAUUGAGAAAUCUCUCAGCAACAAUGAGAUGGUGGUUGGCCGUCUUGCUCUGUACAUCUUGGCUUUGAAGUCUUCCUGCCAUGAACUGGGCAGCCUAUAUCUCACUCGCAAUGAAAUACGGGAGCCUCUCCUCAUUCACCUCAAGAGAGAGAUGGAGGAGGAGAAACAGAAUAUUGAAUUCAGUCACCGCCCAAAGACCAGCUACUACCAGUACUCUCUGGGCAUUCUGGCUUUGUGUGUGAGUGGUAUAAGAGUCAACACGCAUGUCAGCCACAAGCUCAUCCAUGCCGUGGUACACAAACAGAUAAAACAUGGAGAGUCUUCAUGUGUGGACUCGCAUGCAAUGGCAGGCAUGGCCCUCCAGUGUCUGAAAGAUGAGGGAACAGCUGUUAAAGAUGCUGCAGAACUGAACAGAGCUCUUGCCACCAUUAAGCAGAAGCUUCUUGACUCUAAGAGAAAUGAUGGCCACAUAGGCAAUGAGUUCAGCACUGGACUGGCAGUGCAGGCCUUGUUGGCUAUGGGCAGUCAGAUUGAGGAAUGUGGAACUGCUAUGGAGGCUUUAAGGACAGAUGGCAGGAAAGGAACAUACCACAACCCGAUGGCCAUCUCCCAGAUACUGCCUGCUCUACAGCAACACUCUUACCUCCAUCUGAAGAACAAAGAAUGUCGCAGUGAGGAUGACUCUCUUGCUAUUGACGCUGCCUCUGUUUCAGAAGUUCUCCCAAAUCAGGGGAAAGUGUCUGUACAGGUGGAGAUUAUUAAAUCAAACAGUGCAUCAUCUGUGUUUUCCCUUCAUGUACCCAUGGGCUCCUCGCUAUACGAAGCCCUUAAGCUUCUUCAAGACAAACAAAGUGGUUUCACCUUUAAAACAGAAGAAAGCUUGUGGGGACCUUUCCUUAGUGAGAUAAAUGAAGAAAAAGCACGUCAGACCGAUCGAAGAUACUGGCAUGUCUCCUCAGAUGGCACCGCUCUGACACAGGGUAUCCAAGACUAUAAGAUUGAUUCAGCACAAACUUUCACUAUUAAGAACACUGGGUACUGAGUUCUUUGAUGGAUGUUAGAGAAGAGAUGAAUGGCAGAAAACCCACUAGUUGAUACGUGGAUUCAGUUACCUUGUUUAUGAAUUUUACUGUCUUUGAUUUUUUUUCUGAUUGAUUUUCUUUUUUAAAACAAUUUGCUGUUUGAUGGUUUCUGUAUGUUUAAUGUUUCUUGAUUAAUUAAAAAAAGAUCACUUUAA